UAAUUUUUUAUAUAUAAAAAAAAAAAUUGUUGUACUUGUAAAUGUAAUAACAAUAAAGUUCCAAGAUUUGUUUUUAACUUUAGUUGUACGUUUACCUCGUAGGUCCCGGGUGGGAAUCAAACCAUGUUCUCCAGACCAAAAGAAGAAUACUUAAAACAGUUAAAAACUUGGUCAACAACAUAACGACGUUGCGAGUGGAGCUCUACACUCUUCUUGUUUGGACGUGUCAUUUGUCCUAAUUGUUUGUGAUUUAUACUUUUAACAUGCUCUUAUCCCACAUCUGUCUGCUGAUUGGUGCUGUCAAUCAUCGUCACGUUGACAAGGAGGCAGCAGCCAAUCAAUGAGCUCGUGGGCGUUCUAAAAAGAAAAGCUUCAGCCUGAGAGGCCGUUUUCCACCUGGUGCUAUUGUUUGACUUGCCUCCAUUCAAUAGCGCAAACCUUUUUGUUGGAUGAAAAACUUGUGUGUAUGGUGUUGUACAGGUGGGUUGCUAUGGUAACGCUGCAGAGGUGCAGCUUCAUGCCGGUUGGUCGGACUGAGUAGGAGGAGGUGGGGCAAGGUGCGACCAGGCUGAUAAUAUCAGCUUGUAAAAGGAAAAAAAAAAAAGAAACUGUAAAACAUCCACUAAUACUUCCUACUGCCGCCCCAGCGUCACAGGCCGUUGAAGAAAAGCCAUGGACCCGCAGUACUUCAAGUCUCAUACAAUGUGUUGGGGUACACUUGGAACGGUGCGACCCUUCUCCAGUUUCCACCCACAAAAAGAUGUGAUAGUGAUCCAUGAGGCACUGGAGAAAAAAGAUGCAGGUGCUCUUGUGAGACUCCUAACCAAUCGCAACAACGCGCAGAGACAGGAAAUCGCCAAAGUCUUUAAAGAGGCAACACAACGGGACCUGGUGGCUGGCAUGAAGAAAGUUCUGUCUGGAGAUCUGGAGAAGCUCAUGCUGGAGCUGAUGAUGCUUCCUACGCAACACGAGGCUCAUCGCCUGCAUCAGGCCAUGGCGGGUCUAGGUACUGACGAAGAGACCAUCCUGGAGAUAUUGUGUACGCGAUCCGUCAAGCAGCUGCGAGACAUCAGCGCUGCGUAUGAACUAUUGUAUAAAAAGGACAUGGAGAAGGAAUUGAAAGGAGAAACCAGUGGAGACUUUGCCAAGCUUUUAUUGGCUCUUAUGAAAAAAGAAGAAGUUGCAGGUUUUGUUCAGAGGGAUAUUGAGGCUCUCGCCGCAUCACUAAAUGGGAAAAAAGCUGAUGCGGAUCCUUGGAUUGACAUACUCACCUCUAGGGACUUAAAUCAUCUUGACCAAGUGUUGAUGGGGCUGGAGCGUGCCAGUGGACAGAUGGUGAUUCCAAAUCUGGAGAAACGAUUCUCCGGGGACAUCCGGCUGGGGUUGAGUGUUUUAGUGCAGUGCAUUCAAAACCCUGAUGUCUACCUUGCCAAAAGACUAAAAGGCAUGAAGGCAUCGGUAGUCCAAAGCAUCAUGGUGUCCCACAGCGAGGAAGACCUGCUCUGUAUCCGGGUUGCCUUUCGCAAACUCGCAGGCGAUUCUCUCUACACAACCCUGCAGAAACACUUCAAGGGGGAUCAUUUACAGGCUCUGUUGGCCAUCUGUCGAUCUGAAGACUGCUGAAGUACACAAGAAUACGCUUUUUUGUGCAUAUAUUUGUGGUGAUUAUAAAAAGCAAUGGAGUUGCUAAAUAUAAUGUGUGAACAUUUAAUGAGUUCAUUGUGGUCUUGGAUUUAGUACACUCUAUGCUGUUCAAAGUCUACGAACCGUAUCGUUAGAGAAAAAAAAAACGAUCAAAAGCCUACUUGACAAAAAUUGCGUGUCAAGUAGG